UUAACAGUGGCCGGUUUAUUAAAGAAGUUUAUUAAAUACGAUUGUAUUUGUAGAAACGUCACAAAUAGCAACUUGUGAUUUUUUUCUGUAAACUUCAACUGUAUGUAUAGUUUAAAGUUCUAUUUAAUAUGUGGAGCACACUAAGAUCGUUUAAAUUUUCGACUAAGAUCUUUAUUUAACCUGUCCUGGUUCAGUACACACUGAAUGUAGGUAUAAGCUUAAAUUCUUAAGCAUUGUAGUUCUUUAUACGAAGUGAAAACGUACGGGUCAUAUUCAAGUACAGUUUUAAAAAAGUUAAGGUUGAGUGAUACAACGAGUUUAACUGCAUUAUUCAACGGAUCGCCAAAGACACACUAACAAUGAUUUCUGUUUUGAUAGCAUGUAGCUUGGUUCUAACAAUUCAUUGUGCAGAUUUGAAUGUAUCGACGCCGGUUGGGGUUAUUAAAGGUGUUGAAGCGACAAUUAACAUUGAAGGAAUUAGAUAUUCAUUUAAAAAGUACCUUGGUAUUCCGUUUGCUAAACCACCAGUCGGAGAUUUACGAUGGAAAAAACCGGUUUCAUACGGAAAUCUGGGCGUGACAACAUACGAAGCAGUUGCUUACAAGAACAUUUGUCCACAAAUUCAUCUUCCGGGCGAAGAACAAGUAGGGGUAGAGGACGAAGAUUGUCUGUACCUUAACAUCUGGGUUCCGGACAAGACCCCCGCUCCCGACAAGGCACAUGCAGUCAUGGUCUUUAUAUAUGGAGGUGCUUUCAUUUUAGGCUCUGCAGACACGUAUAACGGAGAGGAACUCGUCAAUUAUGGUAACGUCAUCUUAGUAACGUUGAAUUAUAGAGUCGGGCCACUUGGAUUUCUUAGCACCAUGGAUGAGAACUGCCCGGGUAAUUUUGGAUUCUGGGAUCAGCGACUUGCACUAGAAUGGGUAAAUAAUAACAUAGGAUAUUUUGGAGGAGACUCGGGGCGAAUCACGAUUUUCGGGGAAUCUGCAGGGGCUAUAGGUGUUGCUCUUCAAUCCAUGUACCCGAGUGAUAGUGGAAAGAUAUUCCAAAGGGCAAUAUGUGAGAGCGGGGUUGGGUCUGUGAGUUUCAUUAACUAUACACGCGAUACAACGUACAUGGUGAAUGCUAUAGCAGAGAGGGUUAAUUGUAUGGAAAAAAGUUAUGCAGAAAUUAUAACAUGUCUAAGAAAGGUAUCAUGGAAUAAACUGAUGGCUGUUGUGAUGGAUCUAAAUGAAAAUGUAACACGACUUGAAUAUAUUAACUUUGAUCCUGUUCUUGACAACGAUUUCAUAAAAUAUGAUCCGAAAGAGUUAAAAAAACUUUCGGCGGACAGAAACAUCGAGGAAUUAGAAUUUUUCCGAAGCAUUGAUUUUAUGAACGGCUUUAAUCAGUACGAAGGUGGGGUAUCCAUGCAAUACUUCACUGGGGGAGAUAUGGAAGCCUUCCAGCCUACAUUUUCCGAUUUUGUUGAACUGAUUCCUUACGCAACUUUCGUGAUUGGUGAGGUUCCGAUCGAGGUAAUUCCGCUAAUUGCUCAUGAAUACACAGACUGGACGGAUCCGUAUAAUUACGAAAACAUACGACGUCAGUACGCACAUCUUCACGGUGAUAUACAGUUUGGUUUUCCAGCCGUGGAAACUUCGUUACUUCACGCAGGAAGUUCCAGUCAGGACGGAAGAUCCUUCAUGUUCCAUUUCCUCCCUUCUCCAACCAACCGGCUUCCGACAACUCCCACCUGGCUGCCGGGAGCUGACCAUGGUGAUGAGUUGGCCUUCGUUUUUGGGCUGCAGUCUGAUGCUGGGAUCAAACAGUGGGAAUUAGACCUGUCCCGUAAAAUGAUGAAAUACUGGUCAAACUUUGCAAAGACUGGAAAUCCAAACGCCGAAGGCCAGGAUCUUCUAUUCUGGCCGGAGUACACACAUUCAAAACAAGAAUGCAUGUCCUUUGACAAGACCAUGGACAAUGACUCGGUGGAACAACACUUUUAUGCAGAGAAGCUGGAGUUCUGGACAAAUGUGUUUCCAACUACCAUAAAAGCGCUAGAAGGUGACCGAACUUGUCCUCCCAUCGAUGGUCCAGUUAACGGUGUUGGAAGGUCUGUGACCAGAACAGGACACGCGAUGUUUGUUCUUAUCUUGUUGUUUGCUUAUGUUCUGUAUUAGAAUCUAACCCGUCUCUCAGAUGCUGUGAAGACGAUCGAGUAUAUAUAUAUUAAAUAUUUGUAGUUAUUAAAUGUUUGGUCAUUCGGGAUACUGGAAUGCAUCAACCACUCUUGAAAAAUAAUACUAACGAGAUUAUCAAGGAAGGCCAAGAGUGUUGAACUUAUAAUAACUGUCUAAGAAUAAUCUCAUUCAAACCUAGAAUAUCGUUUUCAAACUUUAGAUUUUGUAUGUGCUUGCGAAAUAGCUCUCUUCUAGAACGUAUUCAUUAUAACAAUAUGUUCAAGUUGGAAGUGGUUUAGCAUAAUAUUUCACACUCGUAAAGAAGAUAAUUUCAUAUUAAGUGUUCAUAUUAUAUUUUUGUACAUUUGUCACAGUGGAAAGGGCGGCCACGCCUAACACCAUUGCCAAAGCGAACUGUUUAUGGCAAAAAGUCAGCGAUAAUAAUAAUAUAUUAUAAGCACUCUCUAUCCCCAUUCUAAACGCAUCAUACAGUUCUUGACUGCGACCUCUUUCUAUAAACCCAGUAUCGGCUUCGGUUUGUCGUUAACUCUUUUUUUCAUUCAAUUUUAACAAUAAAGUUCAUUUAUCAUU